CACAUUUCUUCGUGUUCUGAUAAACGUGUCGGACGCAGGAGAAACAGAAAAACGCCUCCUGCGGGUUCAGGUCCGGGAAGAGUCUGUGCGCGCUCCUCAGGUCGGUGAUGGAUAACAGGGACUUCCGCUUGUAGCCUUUAGCUUGUCUCUGGAUCGGAGCGGCGCAGCGGCUGCAGCGGUGCUGCAUGUCGCCGCGAGCUGCUUCACCGAGAGACCAGCUCCGGACUUUAACGUCCAGAAUCUUCCUCUGCGAGCAAAGCGACACCAAAACAAACCCGCCGGGUUAAAGUCCACCUCUUCGGGGACGCUUCAGGCGGUUUCAGGUGGACGUGGACUUGUUGGAAAGUAUUUAAAGUCAACUUAAAGAGGAGGCGCGCGGCUGAAAUCUGCUCUGAGACGAGCCUGCGCAGGAUCCAAGAUGGCGCCUCAUUAGAGCCGUGAGCUCGGUGCUGCCGCCGGCGGCCCGGAGGGGAACAACAACAACAACAACAACAACAACUCCUCCUGUUGGAAGUUACCAGAUGCUGUGAAUUUUUGGCUCGGAGAGGCGAGCGCCGUCACGUCCAUGCACAAAGACCACUAUGAGAACCUGUACUGCGUGAUUUCUGGAGAGAAGAACUUCGUCCUGCUGCCUCCCACAGACCGCCCCUUCAUCCCCUACGGUGCGUAUCAGCCUGCUGUCUACCGUCAGCGGGACGACGGCGAGUUUGAGGUCGUCGAUCAAAGCGACUCUGAGAAGGUCCCGUGGAUCCCUCUGGACCCUCUGGACCCGGACCUUGACCGGUACCCGCAGUACCGGAGAGCGCGACCGCUCCGCUGCAGCGUGAAGGCCGGAGAGAUGCUGUACCUGCCGUCCCUGUGGUUCCACCACGUCCAGCAGUCCCACGGCUGCAUCGCAGUGAACUUUUGGUACGACAUGGAGUACGACAUCAAGUACAACUACUUCCAGCUGCUGGAGACGCUGUCCGAGGUCUCGGGGUCGACGUGACAUCACAGCAGCUGCAUGAUGUCACGGUGACAUCACGACUGGGUUUGGGUAAAUAAAGUGAAAUAAUGAAAAUGACACGAAGCUGCUGUGAAAUAAAUAAAGUUGUAACCUCUGCA